AUGGCAUCAUCCCCAGUUUGUCAGCUAUUAUCAUUAACCAUUGUUAUCAUGCUAACAAUGAACGUGAAGGGUCAAGGAGGGAGUACUGGUAGUAGUACAAGUUGGUGUGUGGUGAGAAGUGAUGCAAGCUACAAUGUACUACAAACAUCAUUAGAUUAUGCAUGUGGAGCAGGUGCUGAUUGUCUUCCUCUUCAACCAGAUGGACUGUGUUUUCUUCCUAACACCAUUCAAGCUCAUGCUUCUUAUGCAUUCAAUAGUUACUAUCAAAAAAGAGCUAGAGCACCUGGUUCUUGUGACUUUUCUGGAACCGCCACCAUUGCUCAAACAGAUCCAAGUUAUGGAUCUUGUGUGUACCCUUCUUCUACAAGUGGUGCUGGAGGAUCAAAUACACCAACCACAUCAUCAACUUCAACGACAAACUCAAACAUGUCAUUAACUACAAUUUCAUCACCAACCUUUGGUGGUUUAUCUCCAGAAAUGAACGCUCCAUUUAAUGACAAUUCCAAAGCCUCGCCGUCAAUCUCCAUCACUGAGACGCACCGGCGACUACCGCACAGCAGCCCAACGGCGGAACCUUACAACUUCCGUUGUCUGCCUCUCGUUCUCCCCCGACUGCGCAUCACGGCGUCACAACUGCACAACCCAUCACCAGAUCGCGAGACCCACCGCUUCAUCUCCGCCAGAACACCACCGAUCUGUCCACCUGCAUCACGACCACUACCGGUUGCACAAUAA